CCGGCCCCCCCCUUCCCCUGCAUGCCCGGGCAGCGAGCAUGGCCCGCAGGCAGGAGCGGGCAGCGGGCAGCGGGCGCUGGCUGCCCUGGCUGGGCUUCGCGCUCCUGCCGCUGGCCGUGCCCCCCGCCGCCGCCCCCGGGGGCUGCCCGUCCGCCUGUUACUGCGUGGCCACCCCGGAGCAGGUGCAGUGCCGGUACGAGAGGCUGGAGGAGCCGCCGAAGGAGCUGCCGGUCACCGUGCACAACCUCAGCAUCGCCGGCAGCAACCUGAGCGUCCUGCCCCGCGCCGCCUUCGCCGCCCGCCCGCUGCCGGACCUCCGCCUGCUCCGCCUGCGCCACGACAACAUCCACAGCAUCGAGGACAUGGCCCUGCAGGGGCUGCCCGCGCUGCGCACCCUCGACCUGAGCCACAACCCCCUGCUCUCGGUGGCCGCCGGUGCCUUCGCCGGCGUGCCCCUGCUGCGCACGCUGCAGCUCAACCAAGCGCUCUUGGCCGCCCCGUUGGAGGACCAGCUCGCCCUGGCCGUGGGCAACCUCAGCCUGCGGCGCCUGGAGCUGGCGGGCAACGCGCUGCGGGCGCUGCCGGCCUCCCUCUUAACCCCCGGCUUGGAGGAGCUGGACCUGCGCAACAACUCCCUGCAGCGGCUGGUGGCCGCCGAGCUGCGGAGCCUGGAUGCUCCGGGCUUGAGGGGCUUGAGGCUCACCUUGGGAGCCAACCCAUUGAGCUGCGACUGUGCCCUGCGCCCCUUCCUGGCCUGGCUGCGCUCCGCCGCCGGUGCCCGCGUUCCCGAUGCCCGCAGCCUGCGCUGUGCCGCGCCACCGGCGCUGCGCGGGGCCGUCCUGCUGCGCCUGCGGCCCGAGGGGCUCGUGUGUGCGGAUGCUGAGGGCGGUGAGCCCGGCAGGCUGGAAACGGCCUCGUACGUCUUCUUCGGCAUCGUCCUGGCCCUCAUCGGCAUCGUGUUCCUCAUGGUGCUCUACCUGAACCGCCGGGGCAUCAAGCGUUGGCUCCAUAACCUCCGCGAGGCUUGUCGUGACCAGAUGGAGGGGUACCACUACCGCUACGAGCAGGACGCUGAUCCACGCUGUGCCAGCACCAUCGGUACCCCCGGCCUCUGAUGGCAUCCUCAGUAUCCCACCGUCCCUGCUCCGGCAUCCAACCACCAUGCCGUACCUCGACACCUCUGCUCCUGGCAUCCUCCUUGCCUCAUCCCCAUCCUCAUUCCCUUCCCCGUUCCCAUCCCCAUCCUCAUCCCCAUCCCCAUCCUCAUCCCCUACCCCGUUCUCAUCCCCAUCCUCAUCCCCAUCCCCAUCCUCAUCC